GCGGCGCGGCGCUUGUGGCCGCGAUGCUGAAGGGCUGCGCGCCCCCUCAGACGCGGCAGCGGGCUCCAGCCCUGGGGAGCAGCCACCCCGCCUGCUGAAGACUGAAACUUUGCGUCCCCGUCGCUCCCUCUCCUCCCUCUUCCUCUCGCCCUUCUCCAUGCGCUGAGCGGCCGCGGGGCGCCCGCUCGGCCCUAUGGACGCCUUCAGCGCUGCCAAGGCCAAGAUGGGGGCGAAGAGCGGCGGCGAGGCGGCGGCGGCGGGAGUGGCCGCGCCUCAGCCCGCCGUGCCGGCCCCCAGCCCCGCCGGUCCCGGCUCGCCCGGCGCGCUCGAGCCCGCUGCCUACAAGCUGGAGGACCUGGAGACCCUGGCUACCGUGGGCACAGGUACCUUUGGACGUGUUCACCUGGUGAAGGAGAAAAUGGCCAAGCGUUACUUUGCACUGAAAGUAAUGAGCAUUCCUGAUGUCAUUCGACUGAAGCAAGAGCAACACGUGCACAAUGAAAAGUCUGUCUUGAAAGAAGUGAACCACCCUUUUUUGAUCAGAUUAUUUUGGACCAACCACGAUGAACGGUUUUUAUAUAUGCUAAUGGAAUAUGUGCCAGGAGGAGAACUUUUUAGUUACCUGCGCAACAUGGGGCGUUUCAACAACAGCACAGGACUGUUUUACUCGACGGAAAUUAUUUGUGCAAUAGAAUACCUGCACUCCAAAGAAAUAGUUUACAGAGACUUAAAACCUGAAAAUAUAUUACUAGACAAAGAAGGACAUAUCAAGCUUACUGACUUCGGAUUUGCAAAAAAACUGGUGGACAGAACGUGGACUCUCUGUGGCACUCCUGAGUACCUUGCACCAGAAGUCAUACAAAGUAAAGGCCAUGGAAGAGCUGUGGAUUGGUGGGCCCUAGGAAUUCUUAUAUUUGAGAUGUUGUCAGGGUUUCCUCCAUUUUUUGAUGACAAUCCAUUUGGUAUAUAUCAGAAGAUUCUUGCUGGCAAAAUAGAUUUCCCAAGGCAUUUGGAUUUAUAUGUAAAAGACCUUAUUAAGAAGCUGCUUGUGGUUGACAGAACAAGACGACUUGGAAAUAUGAAGAAUGGAGCUGAUGAUGUGAAGAGGCAUCGAUGGUUCAGGUCUAUAGACUGGGAUGCUGUACCUCAAAGGAGACUCAAGCCUCCCAUAGUGCCCAAAGUAUCCAAUGAUGGGGAUACUUCCAAUUUUGAAGCUUAUCCUGAAGAUGACUGGAAUAAAACACCUCCGGUACCUCCUAAAGAUCUAGAAAUUUUCAAGAACUUCUGAGUGUAGCAUCUACACUCAACAAGCAACUGGAAGGAAAUUGAAGUGCUAAGAGCAAUUCUGAAGAACAAUGGAGUUCAGAUACAAAGGAAGAUUUUCUUUGUGGCUAAGAAUGAUGCUGCAUUCAGAUAUGUGUAUUAGUAAAUGUCAAAAAAUAUGGAGGCAGGCAGGAAUAAUUUUUUGCUGUAAACAUUUGACCUUAGUUUAUUAAAUUGUAAUAAUGGUAGUCUGCUCUGAAGUAGACUGAUUAAAAUGAUAUUUUUAGGAUUAUUUUUUUUUAACUUAUGGUUGAAUUAAGUUUCCUGCUAUUCCCAGAUCCUUUUUGCAUAGUUAACUCAUAGACUUAAUUUUAUAAGUUUAUACUAAAGUUGUGUAAUUAAAAGCACAAAUUAGUAUAUAUGUAUAUAAUGGAUACAGUACAACUAAAGCACAGGAAUUGUGCAAAGAUGUAAAUUUUUGUACUUUGCAGAGUCUAUGAUUUUUAUUUUUCAGAUGAUGUUUUUCAAGGAGUUCUUUAGGAAUAAAAGUCUUAAAAAAGGAUAAAUGAGUUUUUCAUCAUCUUAUAUACAUUUUAUAAUUCUUUGUAAAAAACAGAAAUAAUUACGUUUUAAAACAGAUUUGUACCUAAAAUUUCCAAUGCCUCACACUUACAACUAUAGUACUUGAAAGCAGAAAGACCAGGGCACGUUUUAUUGUUGUUAAAGAUGUAUCUUAAUGGCUAAUUUAUGAAGUUCUGUUACAAUUAUGUCUUUUUGAAAACCAGAAUUUUGAGUGAUAAUACACUGUCUGAAAUGAGAUUCCUCACAUGAAAACUCACUGUAAACAUGCAAGUCAGUCCAUCCUGAUAAAAGGGCUUUAACUGGCUCUGACAGGAGUUGUUCCCUCACAAGUUUGUUGUCUUCUCCAAAUGUAAAGCAUGAGCCAUAACAGACCUUUUUCAUUAGCAAAAUAGUUGUUGUUGUUGUAUGCUGAACACUUCAGAAUAUCAGAGGAAAGACGGAAUAUUUAUUACAGCCUUUUCUCCUCCUCCUUUUUCGAAAAUGUCCUAGUCCCUGCUGCCAGCAAUUUCAUAUGUACUG